AUGACAGAAGACACGGAUACAGUAUCACAGAAACCACAACAGUUAAUCGAAGAACAGGAACGGCAGAUACAAAACUUUCUUAGCAUCCAGCUCAAGAAGUUCGAGGGAAUGACGGGCGUAGCAACUAUAGCCCAACAUAGAAUCACCAUGCGAGAUGACAAACCGUGUAAGCAGAGAUACUUUCCCAAGAAUCCUGCCAUGCAGGAGGUCAUUAACCAACAGGUGGACGCCCUACUCGAGCAAGGGAUUCGCAAGGAAAGGAAAAUGGGUGAAAAUAUACUCAAACCUUUCCUGUGUGAUACCAUUGAAAAAUCACUGCUACGAAACGAGUGGGAAAGAUGGUUUCGCGCAUUUCAAAUAUAUAUCGAUGCUGAAGAGAUUGAAACUCCUACCAGGAAACGAAAUAAGUUGCUUCACUUGGGAGGCGUGCAACUGCAAACUGUUGCUUUCUCCUUACCCGAUGCUCUGGUAGACCCGGAUAACGACAAAGAAGUCGACGUAUUUUUGGUGCUGGUGGAAAAGCUAAAUGAUUAUUUCUCACCGAAACAAAACUCAACCUUCGAACGGCAUAUGUUUAGGAACCUUUCGCCUUUGGAAGGCUCAGGAAAAGAGAUCAUUGCUUCAUUUUAUGUGAUUGAAAAUGGAAAACAAUCGUUACUGGGCCGGGAAACAGCGAUCAAACUGAACGUCUUAGCAUUGGGAUUACAGGUCAGCCGAGCUGAGUGCAUUACUCCAUUUCCCAAGUGGAAAGGAGUAACAGUCAAGUUAUUAAUUGACCCUAGCAUCAGGCCCAUACAACAGCCAAUGAGACGCAUACCGGCUGCCAUCGAAGCUAAGGUACUGUCCAAACUGGAAGAGGCUCUAAGCAGUGACAUAAUAGAGCCAGUGGUCGGUCACAGCCCUUGGAUCUCGCCUAUCGUAAUAGCUUUUAAAGAAAAUGGCGACAUACGGUUGUGUUUGGAUAUGCGGAUGGCCAAUCGAGCGGUGAUGAGGGAACACUACCCACUGCCUACUUUUGAAUCGUUUAUGACAAAGUUGAAGGAUGCUACACACUUUUCAAGGCUCGAUUUGAAAGAUGCAUAUCAUCAAUUAGAACUGGAUGAGGCAAGCCGACAGAUAACAACAUUUAUAACUCCAAGGGGUUUGUUCCGCUACAAACGAUUAAUGUUUGGAAUAAAUUCAGCCCCCGAGAUAUUCCAACGACGGCUUGAGGAGUUAUUGGCACCAUGCCGCAACGUUCUCAAUUAUAUAGAUGAUGUCAUCAUUUUUGGAUCAAAUGAAGAUGAGCAUGACGAGACCGUCAGAAAAGUUCGGGCAAUAUUCAAGAAUAAUAAUGUGGUACUGAAUGACUCAAAAUGCAUUUGGAAAACACACCGGUUAAGAUUUUUAGGCCACAUUCUAUCAGACAAGGGUAUCAGUGUCGAUCCCGAAAAAGUGGAUGUCAUCACUUCAUUCCGAGACCCGAGAAAUAAGGAGGAGACGAGAAGCUUCCUAGGUCUGGUCACUUACGUCGGGAAGUUUAUUCCGGAUUUAGCCAAUCGCACAGAACCAUUGAGGAAAUUGUUGGGAAAAGACACCAAAUUUGUCUGGGGCCCCAAAGAGAAAGAAGCGUUCAACGAUUUGAAAACUCGCCUGGCUGAAAUACCCAGUCUUUCAUACUUCAAUAUAAAACAUCGAACACGUCUGAUUGCUGAUGCAAGCCCGGUGGCGCUGGGAGCAGUACUGCUACAAUUCACAAAAGAUUGCGAACCCCAGAUCAUUUCUUUUGCCAGCCGAAGUUUGACUGAUGUGGAGAAGCGGUACUCACAAACCGAAAAAGAAAGUUUGGCGCUGGUAUGGGCGGUAGAAAAAUUUCAUUACUACUUAGCCGGCUUAGAGUUUGAGUUGGUUACCGACCACAAGCCGCUCGAGACAAUAUUUAAGCCAACAUCAAAACCACCAGCUCGCAUCGAAAGGUGGCUUCUGCGUCUACAGACUUAUAAAUUCAAAGUUAUUUAUAAAGCUGGGAAGGAAAACAUCUCAGACACUUUGUCUCGUCUGUGUAAUUUAUCAUCGACAAAGGAUUUCGAGUCAAGAGCCGAAUAUAGCAUUUUUCGUAUACUGGAGAGCUCAAUCCCUAUGUCAAUGAGCAUAUCGGAGAUAGCAGAGAAAAGCAUCCUUGAUGAAGAAAUUGUGGAUGCCAUUACUUGCCUGCAAGAUGAUUCAUGGACUUCCGCCGCAUCAAAUAACCUCUACCCGUUCCGAUUCGAGCUUUCCACAAUCGGGAACAUCCUACUGAGGGGAAACCGUUUAAUCAUUCCGACUUCGCUGCGGGAAAAGGUGCUAGAGCUAGCCCACGAAGGCCAUCCAGGCGAAUCCGCAAUGAAGCGUCGGCUACGCUCCAAGGUCUGGUGGCCUGGCAUAGAUCGUGCGGCUGAAAAGUUUGUAAAGUCCUGCAGAGAUUGCCUUCUAGUCUCGCAAGCAAACAAUCCAGCACCAAUGAGUAGGACACCGUUUCAAACGGGUCCUUGGAUAUGCGUGGCUUCCGAUUUAUUGGGUCCCUUGCCAAAUGGCGAAUUCCUACUCGUUUUCAUUGAUUAUUACUCGCGAUACAUUGAGUUUAAAUUCCUGCGUUCUAUAACAUCAACGACCAUUAUCGAUGUAAUGAAAGAAAUUUUCUGCAGACUUGGUUUUCCCAAAUACUUACGGACGGACAAUGGACGGCAGUACAUCAGUAGCGAGUUUAAAGAAUAUUGCAAAGUUUGUGGCAUAGAGCAGAUUAGAACUCCGCCUUACUGGCCUCAGGCAAAUGGUGAGGUUGAAAAUAUAAACAAAUUACUAGUGAAGCGUUUAAAGAUCGCAUAUCAACACAAAAAUAACUACAAAGAGGAGAUACAGAAAUUUGUGUUGAUGUACAACGUAACCCCACAUAGUAGUACAGGUUCUGCUCCUACGCAGUUAAUGUUUAACAGGCUGAUCCGUGAUAAGAUGCCAGGGAUUCAGGAUUUGGGCGCGGAAGUAUUAGACUCAGCAGAACGAGACCAAGACUGCGUUGCAAAACAGAAGGGGAAAGAAUCAGCUGAUAAAAAGAGAGGGGCGAAGGAAAUUGAUAUAGGAGUAGGUGACAAGGUCCUAAUAAAAAAUGUUGUGUUCCCACAUAAGCUAACACCAAACUUCGACCCUACCGAAUACGAUGUUCUAGAGAGGAAAGGAAACAUAGCAAUAGUGUCAAGAGAUGGUAGACGUUUAACCAGGAAUAUUAGCCAUUUAAAGAAGAUACCAAUAAGGAGCCCGUCGGACAGUAGCUCCGAUCCUGGUUCUUUUCCACAGGUACAGGUGACUCCACCAGAAGAGUUGACAAACACAGAACAAUCGGAACACCAGCCAGCACAGACAGCCGGGAUGGAACCACCAAGCUUGGACCAAGGAUUGAAAUUAAAGCUGAUAAAAAAAGGAGGGAUGUGGGAACCUGCAUCGAAGAGCGAGGGCGAUGGCGGGAGCAGCGACGUCAGCGCCGACGUCAACGAUUGGUUUAUUAUCUCUCUAUUAUGUUCUAGUAGUGUGACACGUACGAUCGAUGGACCAGCAUCGCCGGUCCGCAAAUAA